AUGACGACAAGGUACAGAGUGGAAUAUGCCCUCAAAACGCACAGAAGGGACCAAUUCAUAGAAUGGAUCAAGGGCCUUCUCGCCGUCCCCUUUGUCCUCCACUCCCAGCCGCACGGCAUCUUCCAGUCCAAUGGCCGUGACCUGUCCCUCGAGCACAUGGCCGAGGAGGCCGCAAGGCGUUACGCUGAGAUUAUGCGCGACGUCGAGGUCAUGAUAGACGAUCACAUCGCCCUGCAAGCGCCGUCCGCCGCCACCACUGUCGUCAAACCACCACCCUCGAAGCUGAAGCUGUUGGUCCCGUCUGCCGGGCCCUUCUUCACACGUCUGCCGCUGGAGGCGGCGUUCAGGUAUCAAGACCGCACGCGGCACAUCAGCAGUCGGCGUUUUGUGAGCCCGAGUUUCAACGACGUACGGCUGAUCCUGAACUCGGCCCAGGCCAUGGCUGUCACGGCUUACAGCGGUCUCCGCCUCGCCACGUUCGAUGGGGACGUCACACUCUACGAGGACGGGCAGAGCCUUGAGGCUGAUAGCCCCCUCGUGCCACGCCUGCUAGACUUGCUGGGCCGGGGCGUGCGCGUCGGCAUCGUCACCGCCGCCGGCUAUACCACCGAAGACCGGUACCACGCACGCCUACACGGACUCCUCGAUGCUCUCGCCGCCGCGGCCGCCGCCGAACAGAUCCCGCCGUCCCUGGGUGCCAACCUGCUUGUCAUGGGGGGCGAGGCCAACUACCUCUUCGCCUUCGAUGCUGCCGCUCCGCCUUACUACCUCCGUCCCGUUCCGCGGCACGAGUGGUUAACCCCCGAGAUGCAAGCCUGGAGCGAGGCCGACAUCGCCGCCCUACUAGACGACGCCGAGGCCGCGCUGCGGGACUGUGUCCGCGUCCUACACCUGCCCGCAGCGGUCAUGCGCAAGGAUCGCGCCGUCGGCAUCAUUCCUGAGCCUGAGGGGGCGCGGAUUCCGCGGGAGAGCCUGGAGGAGACGGUGCUCGUCGUGCAGAGGCUGCUCGAGAACAGUCUGGCGGGGAGAAGGAAGGAGGUGCCGUUCUGUGCCUUCAAUGGAGGUCGCGAUGUCUUUGUUGACAUAGGCGAUAAAUCCUGGGGUGUGACGGUGUGCCAGCAGUAUUUUGAGAGGCAGCAGCAGAAGCUACAACAGUCACCCAUCGAGCCAAUCGGACCAGAGAACACGCUUCACGUCGGCGAUCAGUUCCUCAGCGCGGGCGCCAACGACUUCCGCGCCCGCAGCGUCGGCACCACGGCCUGGAUUGCCAGUCCUGGCGAGACCGUCGAGCUUCUGGACGAGUUGGCCGCGCUGAUGGACAAGUAA